AUGGAUCCCAUAUUUGGACUGCCGGUAGUGAAAGAAUCUCGGGCAAUGGAAAGUGCAAGGAACCGAAAUAGAACACAGCAGCGCCGCCUUGGUUCGCAAUUACUGAAAUUACACUCCAAACUAGAGUGUAACACAUCACGCAUUAUACAGAACAAGAAUGUUGUGCUGGAUCUCUGGGGUGUUAUCCAUCCUUCUUCUACAAACAAAAAUGUUGUCUGUCCAUCCGGCUUGACAAAUCAGGAGAAAUCGGAAUACAAACACAUGCGCAAGUCUGGUCCGCUAAGUAUGUCUCUCGAGGAGUUUGAUAAAAAGAUGGAUGAAUUGAAGAAUAUAUCUGCACAAAACAGGAAAGCGGAUACAAGUGAAAAAAUGCCGAAGAAGAGGUGUAGGAAUAGCGAGAUGGUAACCGGAAGUACAAGACGUGGUAGUAUUAUACCGGAAGAUGACCAAACUCGCUCUUCGUUUCUCAACAGGAAACUUAAGAUGAAGGAAGCCUUGGAACGCUUAGAAACAUCAGAUGUUCGUGUGAAAGACAAGAACCCGAGUGACCAGAACAAAUUUACCUCCCGCAGACAUAGCUCUGUACUUCCGUCCCUCCCAGGUGUGGCUAAAACAAGUGCUUCCGAAAACAACAGAACUUCGACUACCGCUGUCUGCCAGAGGCGAAACUCGAUAGCUGUGGUUUCUGUAGAUACCGCUCGAAAUGACCGUUUUCUAAACUCGUCACCUGACGAAAGAAAGCAAACAAUGGAGGAUGUGGAAACUCUCAUGGAAAAUUUGGCGGGAAAUUCGAGAUGA